AUGGAUCAUUUAUACUUGUGUAAUACAUUACUAUCCGUUCUCGUAAUAGCAUUCUCCUUGAAGAUCACUGCUAUCAUCGUAGGCUUCAAUUUUGACCUUGAAGUUUGCGGAAUCGUAGUUGUUUGGAUUUGGAAUCAAGGACAGGUAUGUGGUUCCAGAAGUGUAACCGGCACCAAAAUUCAGUGGAGCCCAGUUUCCAAUUCCACUUCCAGAAGUUCCCCACACACAGCCAUCUUCAUAGGAAACACCUGCAUUGUUAACGUAGUAUUGAGCAGAUGUCUUCUUACCCUGCCAUUGGUAGUAAGAAUCUUCGUCAACAACAGACAAGAUACUCUCGCCACCAGCCUCCACAACAGUUGGAAUGACCAUAUUCUCGGUUCCAGGGUAAUCGGUUCUGCAAAUAGCGACGGAUUGGUCAAGCUCAGACACCACUCUAGCGGUGUCUUCACCCCAUUCGCAAAGUCGGAACAAGAGAUUGUACCAUCCUCAAAGGACUCAGUAGGAUCGGAGAAAGCAGAAAGAUCUCCGUCAAUUCCACCAGAAGAAGAGGUGUUGGAGCUGUGGGAAGACGAUGAAGAUGAUGUGCUGCUGGUUUCGCUUUGGGAGCUAGAGCUAGAGCUAGAGCUAGAUGUCGAAGAAGCACUGGUAGUCGAGGAUGAUGAAGACGUUGCGUCCACAGUCUUGCUCUCAAGAGACGCUUCAACGGUCGGAGACACGGUGUUUCCACCAGCGUCAACCGUGACCGUAACAUACACAUAA